AUGGCUCGGAGUAUCUCCUACGUAACAGGCGCUCAGCUAGUCUCUCUCAAACGCCGCCCAAACAUCGCCAUCAUAGAUGUCAGGGAUGACGAAAGGAGUCACGAUGGGCACAUAGCAGGGUCUUUGCACUACGCCAGUGGCAAUUUCUAUGAGAAGAUCUCCAAUCUCGUUCAAGAUGUCAAAGGCAAAGACACCCUCGUUUUCCACUGCGUUCUUAGCCAGGUCCGUGGCCCAUCUUGUGCACGAAAGUUCGCCAAUUAUCUUGAGGAGGCGAAGGAAGACACUGGAAUCAAAGACAUUUUGAUUUUGGAGCGUGGCUUCAGUGGCUGGGAAUCUUCUGGCAGACCUGUUUGUCACUGCACCAGCGUCCCCUGUAAGGGUGAGACUGGGAGUGCGUAA